CAGAUAUUAUGACAUCAAGUGGUCAGGCAGUGGAAUUCCGUAUAUCUCAAGAACCCUUACCUGUACCAGUCAUGGACGAUGUAGCAGAAGUUCCUUCUCUGAGCAGUGAUGGUCUAUCAUUCGUAGUCAUUAAAUCAGCUGCUGAUCUUGAUGAAUUAUACGAAGACAAUGAUCUUUCACACAUCAGCAUGCUGCAAGAACACAAACAACUUUACCAACAAGAAUUGGCAGAUUUACUUGAAUCCACUCAUCUACAGCCUUCAGUAAAACCUGCUUCAACUGUAAACGAAAACAAACCAACCAAAGAAUCUGUAGAUUCAAAUAACGCUGACCAGCAUGUUGUAAAUAACCCAAAAGACUCAUUUCAAAGUACUAUUGGAUCUUUGCCAAAUGGCUUAAGUCCUCUGAAAACAGCUAAUAAUGAAAUGAAUCAGAGCUGUUUACCAGCAAUGCCACAACCCCAACAGAUUUAUCCUGGAUUAAGAGCAGACGAACACGAUUCUCGUGCGAUCAGCAUAGUGAGCUUUUCCCCAAACGAUUUUGGUUCUGAAGAAAUUCAAGCCAAAGUAACUCAACUUAUCGAUGAAAAUAUGCACUUGAAAGAUACCAUCAUACAAAAUAAUUUGAGCAUGAAAGCGCAAUAUGAUAGAAUAAUGGCAUGGCAAAAUGAUGUCACCAAAGUUCAUGAGGCCCAUAAAGAAAAGUUUCGAGAGGCGAAAAGAUGCAUCGAAACUUUAAAAGAAGAAAACGCUACCAUAAAACAAGAAAACGAGAAUUUGAGAUACAAUUUGCAAGUCCAGCAAACCGAACAUGACAAAACUAAAAAACUUCUCACCGACACCUCAGAAAAUAAUCUGAAAGAAUUUCAACUGGAUAUGGCUAAUAAAAAAAUAAAAGAAUUGGAAGAGGAAUUAAAAAAAUUGAACUCGACAAUUGCAGAAAAUCAGGCGUCAUACAAUUGGAAAGCUAUGGACGAAAAGCUACAGCGUUACGAAAAUGAGUUGGAGCAAGCUUAUAAGAAACUUAGGGAGAUGGAGAAAGGAACUGAAGAGCAAGACAAUCUUGCUCUUCAAAUUGACCAACUGAAGCUAACAAAAGAAAAACUGCUCUUAGCUGAAAUGGCCCUUGAACAAAACAACAAAGAAAUGUAUUCUUUAAGAAAUCAACUGGCAAUAAACCAAAAAACAUCAGAAAACACUUCAAAAAUUCAAGAAUUUGCGCAAGUCGUAGCUGAACGUAACCGAUUAAUUCAAGAAUUGGAUCAUAGAAAUUCCACUCUAUUGACCUCACAAGCCAGAAUAAAAGAAUUAGAAGAGGAACUCGAAGAAGCAAAUGACACUGCAAAAAAAUACAAACACGCCAACCUGGUUGCACGUGACAAACAAGAACACGCCGCCAUCAAUGCUUGGAUGACUAAACAAAAACUGGUCGAUUUAGAGAAAGAAUAUCAGUUAUUAUUGCAAGAAAAUACUGAAUCAGCUGAGCCGCAAUAUCCUCCUGAUUUUAAUCCUGGCGAGAUGUCCUACCUUCGCCAGCAGCUGAUGCAAUCUCAGAAAGCCCUGAUCGAGUCCGAACAAAAUAGAGCUGUAUCCGAUGCUAAAGUUAGGGCUCUCAACAAUGAAAUUGCUGAACUUGGACGACAAUUACAAAAUCAACAAACUGAAAGCGAUGACCAAUUUGCUUUGAAAGCUCAACUGGAGGUGUACAAAGCCGAUUUUGAGGCAGAACAAGAGGCCAAGGAGGAGGUUAAGAGAGAAAAAAAUAAAAUUGCUGAAGACCUGCAACACUUGCACAGGCGUAAUCAGCAAUUGCAAGAAGAAAUUGAAAUUUUAAGGGAGCAGCAGCAAUUUAACCCCACUUCAUCUAUGCGCCGGGAUGUUACCAGACCUCAAGCUACUGCACCAACUAGAGAAGAGUUCAUCUACAAAUGUCCAAAGUGCGAUUUUGGCUUUAAAACCUUGACCGCUGUAGAAAACCACGUUAUCCGUUGCAUAGAAUUAGAAGAUUCUCUUCCAUAA